AUGAUCAGUGGUCUGCAGUGCCACCCACCAGCGCCCAGCAGUGCCACCCACAAGUGCCCAUCUAUGCCCAGCAGUGCCACCCAGCAGUGCCCCCCAUCAGUGCCACCCAGCAGUGUUGCCCAUCAGUGCCACCCAUCAGUGCCACCAGUAAGCAGUUGCCGCCUAUCAGUGCCCAUCAUUGUUGCAUAUCAGUGCAGCAUCAUCAGUGCCUCCUCAUCAAUGCCCACCAAUGCCGCCCCAUCAGUGCCACCUCAUCAGUGCAGCCUAUCAGUGCCCAUGAGUGCUGCCUAUCCUUGCCACCUCAUCAGUGCCCAUCAUCAGUGCCCAUCAGUGCACAUCAAUGCCACAUAUCAGUGUCUACCAGUGCACAUCAAUGCCACAUAUCAGUGCCCAUCUGAGCUGCCUUUCAGUGCCAACUAUGAGUGCCAGUCAGUGCCAGUCAGUGCCGCCUAUGAG